UUUUUUGUAUAAAUACCAAUUGAAAUAAAGGACCAUUUACAGUUCAACCAAGUACUUCACCCAGAACACACAAAAUGAAGUAUCUGUAUUUGUUUUUUAUUGCUUAUAUCUUCGCCUACGUUUCUGGAUCUCAGCUUAAAAAUCAACAACAUGUUUGUAACUGCCAAAAGACUUUAGAAACCAUUUAUGCUGAUGUCCUCCAGCAAGAGAAAGCUUUAAAUCAAACCCUUAUUGAUAUUUCUGUUCUUGAAAUAGAGCUUAGACAACUCGAUGAUCUUCUUGAAGGACAAGAAGAUAAGCUAAUAGACAUCUCGGCUGAAUUAGCAGCACUAACUGUAACUAAGAACUACAUUAAUCGUUUACUUGCCGAUGGAAGCCAAGCCCUCCAAUGCAUCAUAGACAAUCUCAAAGAAGUUUGCCAUGAUCUACACGAUGACGUCGAUAAUGAUGUCGAUCAACAACAAUCUCAAAUUAUAAAUAUUCUAAGUGUUGUUAUGAAAGUUGAAGAUUGUAAGAAUGGAAACUCAUGUCCUGCUGCUCCCCAAUAAAAUGAACUGUAAACCAAUCAUGCUCGCUUAACACAAUUUCUUUUGUAAAAACUGUACACCUACAUCGUCAAUAACAAAUAAAGUACACAAUAUAAA